AUGUCGGACCCCGUGUCGUCGUACCCGGCAUCGCUGUCGGAGUACGCCCGGCUCGUCGCGCGCCCUCGGAUAGAUGGCGCCAUGUUCCAGAUCAGGCAAAGCGACUGGCUCGGACACUUCCAGGCCUGGAACGUGCUGUACUGCAUCCUCAACAUCGUCCUGUCCAUCCUAUUUUUCGUCCUGCAGUUUGUGAGCUUGGCUCUCGACGCAGCACUCGCCUCCAUCGUCGAGCUGAUCCUGGACAGUGUCGUCGGCCUCAUCGUGGGCGUCCUGCUUUGCCACGUGGGCUGGUUCUGCGUGGUGAAGAACAGGGGCUGCUGCGGCAAGCUGGGCUACCUCGCCUGGGGCCUCGUGUACUUUGUGUUCGUGGGCUGGCCGAUGCUCGUGGGAGCACUCCACAACAGCGUCAUCUGCCUCGUCCUCCUGGUGCCGGCCUGCGGAAUGCUGUGGUCUCUUCUCAAUCUGUUUCGGGGAGGCGGCGCCUCCUCUUAG